CCGCAGCGCUGCGCAUGCGCUGGGGCGGCGCCUGCGCAGCGGCGGCCGCGGAGAUGGGCAGGAUUUAGCUGCUCUCACCCACUGCGACGAUGGACAGCGAGGUGCAGAGGGAUGGCAGGAUCCUGGAUCUGAUCGACGAUGCGUGGAGGGAAGAUAAACUGCCCUACGAGGAUGUGGCCAUCCCUCUGAAUGAGCUCCCUGAACCAGAGCAAGACAAUGGUGGCACCACUGAGUCUGUGAAAGAACAAGAAAUGAAGUGGACAGAUUUGGCUCUCCAGUAUCUCCAUGAAAAUGUUCCACCCACGGGAAAUUAGUGAAUCAGUGUGAGUUCAUACAGUGCAUGCAUGAAUGCAGCAUAAAAAUAUUUUUCGGCUGACCAUUGCUGUCAUAAGCUGCCCUAAGGAGGAAACAACAUUUCAGAAGCUUUCAGAUUCCAGCAAUGAAGAGUUUAAAAUGCUUCUUUCUUGGAUGUGAAAUAGCAGAGGCUCUGACAUCUCAAAGCCAAGUGCAAAAUGUUCCAUGUUUAUAAGAUUAUUUCAUGUUUUCUGUUAAAUUGUUCUUAAGUUGGUGCCAAUACUGAUCUUAAAUGUUUUUUCAUGUGAUUAAAAAGUUUUUACUGUC